AAUGACUCCUCUUUUAGCGGCGAGAGACUGAGAGCUUGGCUCAACGCGUCCUCGGCUUCUGUGGAAGGCCAUUCCAUGCGCUCCGUGUAGCCAGCCAUUCGGUACAACCAACUACCCUAGAAGUAACUUUUCUUUUCUUUUUUGCUCUCGAGAUGGAUCCGGUUGGCCCCUUCCUCGUCGCCUCUAUAAGAAGCAUCCCCACACGUUCUCUCCACCCAUCACUGCAGCUCAAACACAAAGCAGCAUCACACUGACUCCACUGCUCUGCCUCCAUAAUAAGCACAGAAGCGCCCCAAUAAUCAGCAGCGCAGGAGCGAGCGAUCGCUAUGGCUCAGGGAAGAGGCAGUGCGACGCGGGGGCUUGCCCUCGGCAGCCUACUCGCCGCCGCUUUCCUCCUCCUCCUCGGCGUCGCCGACGCGGCCACCCACAGGGUCGACUGGUCCUUCAACGCGGACAGCUGGUCCAAGGGCAAGAGCUUCCGUGCCGGCGACGUCCUCGAGUUCAACUACGACCCCUCCGUGCACAACGUGGUGGCCGUGGACGCCGGCGGCUACAACGGCUGCCGGCCCUCCGGCACGUCGUACGGCUCCGGGAGCGACCGCAUCACGCUCGGCCCCGGCACCAGCUACUUCAUCUGCAGCCUCAACGGGCACUGCGGGAUGGGGAUGAAGAUGGUCGUCAACGCCAGCUGAGCACGACGCUUAUAUGUUAGUACUGCAAAAAUAUAUGGGCUAGUGGUGGUCCGAUAGAUCGUGCAAGAACUCAAUCGUGUGGCAUACUCGUACCGUGUGUUCGAUGGACACGGUUCAUGUGUUGUGUAUGCAUGCGACUGCUGGUAGGUCAGGCAUGAUGUACGUGUGGCUGAUGGCGUGUUAGUAAAGCGUCCUGCAGCUUUGUUGUUACUUUGUUCGAUCGAAGCAGCGGCUUCUUUUGUUUGUUCAUCAAUAACAUCUUUCAUUAAAUUUUUUUUA